CCAGUGGUGACGUCGCCGCGUGUUCUGUCAAUCUAUUAAUAACUGCGGAGUUUAUAUAGAAGAGGCCUGCCCAGUAACUUGUUGUUGGAUACUCACCAAACUAUCGAUCUCCAAGUCAACAAAAAACAAAAUCCUCCAAAAUGAAGGUCCAAAUUCUUACUGCUGCCCUGGCCUCCGUUGCUGCUGCCAACGUCGCCAUGCCCAGCUUCUGGCCCACUGAGGGACUUGAGCACCUCCAGUCCGAGGAUGGCUACACCAUUACUAUGUACGAGAACAUGCAAACGGAAAUUACUGCCGUUCAGAAGAGUGAUGGCGGGUUCCGAGGCAACUCGAUCUACGACCCCAAGACUUGCAAGAAGACCAGCCUAAAGGUUCUCCCUCGAUUCACUACCGCUGUUUCUGCCUACUACUCUUGGCGCAUGUCCAAGGUUGUCUACAAGCUUGAUGAUGCCACCAUGAUGGCGUACUGGGGUAAAGCAGACAAGGCUACCCGUGAUCUCGUCUCCAACACCUACAUAAAGCUCUUCUGGGAGUCUAAGACCGAAAACCGUGGCUUCCUUCAGAUUGCGUGCGACUUUGAGCACUGCGAGAAUGCCGAGAAGCCUGGUGUUCUCAAGUUGACUGUUAACCCCAAGGAGCAGACUGUUGAUGUUGCCAUGUGCCCCGUUUACUACAGCAUCUUCGGUCUUCUAAACCUUAACUGCAAGUCCGAGUGGCUCACCUCGUCGGGCUUCCAGAUGGUUUUUGCUGGCUUGCCUCCCCAGGGCGCUGGGCUUCGUCUUGAAGGCGAGCGUACCCGCAACGCCAUUAUUUAUUGGAUGGCCGCUGAGAAGCUCCAGUGCACAAACAUCGACGAAAGCCAAGAGUUGCAAGGCAUGGCCCUCAAGCAGGAGCUAGGUAUCCAGAAGCUGUUUGAGCAGCUGUAGGUUGAUAUGCGUGUAAGGUGAAUGCCUUCACUAGGUUAUGUAGCAGAGUACGGUAUAAGCAAUAUUUAAUUAUAAAACAACUUGGCUGUGAAAUUCUUACAUUUGAGCCUUAGAGUGCCUUGCCACGGUCGGUCUAGUCUAUCCGUCCCGCAUUGUUCCUGUGGAGAGCAUGUAAUGCCAUGACCAGUAAAAGCGCGGGCCAAGCAAGCCCUAGAGUCAACGUUACCAUUUUCCCCUGAUGUCUCCAUUCUCCAAGAUUCAGCAGCCCAUGGGGUAUGGACCACUUGGCAGACUGUAAAAUAAAAUAGGAAGACGCGAUGUAGGUUUCUGGUCGCCAUCCACAGUAAUGUUGAUAUGCGGCUCAAAUGAUGUAGACUUUCAAGCCCUCUCUUUUUUAUGGCUGCAGCCGCAUCUCAUCUGAGUUUGCCUCGCAGCUCCCUAAUUGGAACUAGCCGCGAUGGCGCACACCGGCACUGGUGUUAGAUUCGAUUCGGGGGGCCAGAGCAUCGGGUCCCACUGCCUGCCUGCCACAGAAUUCAACGUUGCAAGCCGCCUGUCCGUGAGAAGCCGAAGCCAUUGUAACGGUGGCAGUGCUGUAUGCCGGGGAAUUAAACGGCUUGUACUUCCGAAGCCGGGGUAUUGGCAAGUUGCAAAAGGUCGACACCAUUAGUAGGGUGUUGGUGAGAGUGAAAUCAGACAUACAAGCGACGUCAUUUUUUGUUAAUGAGUAGUACUAAACUCCUUUUGUGGAAGUAGGUAAUAGACGCCAUCCUGGACUGCGUUGGUAACAACCUCAAUAAUCCUCGGCUGUCCUGUUUGGGCUACGACAGCUUGAACAACCUCUGCUCUAUAGUCCUCGUUCUGUAACAAUCCCCCGGAUAGAACCAAUCCAGUCUUACUCAUCGGGAUGUUGUCACUUUGCAUAAGUAGUUCAACAAGACGGGCUAGACUUGCGGCGCCGUUGUAAACAAUGCGCCGAGCAGCAUCGUUACUGUGGGAUAGAUUCAGUACAACUUUUGCCACCGAUGCAAUUUUGGAAGCAGUUUGCGAGUCAUUACUUCCGGACUGAGGAGUACCAGCACCCCCUGUCAGGAUCGCACUCAAUAGGUCAAAUGGUGUUGAGCUCGAAGUCGCUGGCUCAAAGUGUUCGACGAUAGCCCUUGUCAAGACGCUUAGCUGGGGCUGGCCAUCACUGUAAUUUUGUAGACGGUAUAAAUCCAGCUCUUCCAAAGCCCAUCGCAGAGCGUCUCGCCCAAUAGCAUAACCUGAUCCGUCAUCGCCGAGCAGAUGACCCCAUCCACCUACUCGGGCUGUCCGUGUCCAUUCGGUGCCCCUUUUUUCAUAUAGCAUAGCAAUAGAUCCGGUUCCAGAUACUAGUGCAAUAAUCUUUUCCAGAUCUUUCUUCCAAUAAGCUUGAACAGGGAGAAGAUCGAUAUCCGUCGUUAUCUUGAUAUUCGCACGUGGUGUGGAACGGAACAAAAUCGCAAGCUGGUCAUUCGCUUCAGAGGCCAAGGAAGGUCUGUCAUAUCCCGCCAUUGCAAUCCAGAUUUUAGAAAAUUCAAUAUCGCGUACGCGAUUGCCUUUAGUGAAUUGACAAGAAUCAAUUGCUUCCUGUACGGCUUCGGACACUGCACGGACCGCCGCAUUCACACCCAUGGUAGACC